UUAGCCAUUAACAAUCAUCUAUUGUCAUUUGCGAAGCUAAAUUUUAUAUUUAGAGUUGGAAAUUAAGAUUUGUGUAUUUCACAAAAAAUGAAGAUACUUAAACAUUUUUUUCUGUAUUUCAACUUCUUUCAAAUUAUUGCUGGAUUAACAAAAUCCUUUCUUUAUGAAAUGUACGCCAGCAAUGAAAGUAAUGGGAAUCCCAUAUCUAGCUUUAAUGAUAGUUCCAUCAACAAAUGUGUUGCUCUUUGUGAUAGUAUGUUCGGAUGUUUGUCUGUGAAUUUUCAUGAAGUAAAUAAACAGUGUGAGCUAACAGAUUAUUAUCCGUUAGAUAAUACAACGUCAGGAAUACCUAACAACGGAUGGAAAAUUUUCUUUCGGAGAAACUUUGGAAUAAAUCUUUUACAAGGAGCUGUAGCAUGGCAGUCCUCUACAUUUGUCGAGUUAGGUGUUCAUCUGAUCGCAGAAAAGGCUUUAGACGGAAAUGUCCAAGGGAUACACAACUGUGCCCACACAAAAUCUAGUUACUCAUACUGGGCUGUUGAGUUUGGAACUCCGGGUCCUGUAAAAUCAGUACAAAUAAAGUCACGAAGAGACUGCUGUUAUAACACCCAGACAAAUUACACAGUGACCGUUGCUGGCAGUCGUGAUGAUGUCAUAAAUGAUGCAGGAACAAAAUGUGGGUCAUACUUUGGUCCUGCUAUAGACAAGGAACCUUUUAGCAUAACAAUCGAUU